GCACCCACAGCAUCACCUCCCGCCGCGUCUCGAGACGGUGACGCGGGGGCGGCGCGCUCCGCUCCGCCUUUUCGUCGCUCGCGCUCGGCCUAAGUAGAAGCUUAAGACCUCGUCAGAUUCGCACACAGCGCCGAGCCUUCAAAACCGAAGAUAAGGGAGAGCAACAAAGUUCCAGCACCAUGAGAAGGACCGCCGGCAGACACUUGUUGUGCUUGCUGCUGCUUUUCUUUCCGCUCUCGUGGGCAGAGGACACGAAAAAAGACGCGAGGAAGACCGAGAAUGUUACAGUGUGGGGACAAACUAAAACAAGACGACUAUUUGCGAGGCAUAAGAUUUCUCCAGCAGAGCAGACUCACAUUAGACACAAGUCCCACAUCCUGACCCCGGCGCGGCGCUGCGGCCGCCUCAUGGAGAACUGCUCCUCGCACUUGCCUUGCUGCGACCCGUGUGCCUCCUGCCGCUGCCGGCUCUUCAACACCAUCUGUCACUGCUGGAGGAUGAAUCCGCUCUGCCUGAAGAGGACCUAGUGGCGACCCGCCGGUACGCCUCAGCACACACUUGGGGAAUUUUCUCUAAUUCUGCUUCAAUGUGACCUGAAAUAUCAUCCAAUGGCAGAGCGCAGUAGCUGUGAAUAAGAUAGUGAAAAUAAGGGAAUGCUUCUAAGGAGAUAUAGCAUAAAAGAAAAGCUAAGUUGUCAUCACACACAGCAUUAAUAGGCAGAUAAAGACGCAACACAUGAGCCUGCUAUAUCUCGCUAAAAGUGUACAACGUUGCCUGUUUAAACACUGAUUCUUGCCAUUUCUCUGUAAAAAUCAGAAUAGAAUAAGUUUAUGAAAUGAUUCUGCCUCAUUACACAACAAUAAAGCCAUCUGUUAGCUUACAUCAGUGUGUGUCGCCUUACAGAGACAAGACACUUUAAUGCAUCACUGCUGCACUAAGAUCACCUUAAAAGCAGGGAUGGUGUUCCUAUCAGAGGGUGUAGCCAAUGGAAAGCUUGACUUGUGUCAUUUUUCAUGUUUCUAGACAAUAACAUGUUAACUGUGACUGAUUUUUAGGCAUUGCUGCUUUUGAAUAUUUGCAUAUUCUCUACUGUCACUCGUGGAGAUCCCGAUAUUUACUGUACGACUUCAGUAUCUUUUCUUUGAGAUUCACAGCAGAUGUGGUGUGGAAAAACAAAUUUUAUGUACAUUAUUAUUCCUUUAUUGCUUGCACUUGAUUAUUUGUGUGUGGUUUUAUGAGUUCAAAUGACUUUAUAUUUUUGCUAUCUAAUAAAUAUGCAGUAAACUGAU